AUGCGUUCUGCGAUUCUUCUCGGAGGCUUAGCCUCAAUUGCUUUUGCCUGCGAUAACCCAGAUAAUGAUGCGUGCGCUAACGCUUUCACCGUUUCUUCUGCCGUGGCUAGACCUUUCUGUGCUACUUAUACUCAAAGUGCAAAUACGGUCUCCACAGGUCUCCCUGCCUUUGCUACAGCAUGUGCAAGCAAGCCAAAGAAAUUGUCUAGUGCAUGCAGCUGCCUUCAAGUAGCAACCACCUUGGCCACAGUUGCUAAAAGUUCAAGUGUCGUGGCUGUCUCUUCAGUUGCUUCCAGCUCCGCAGCAGCAGCUCCAAUCGCCAGCUCAACACAUGCUCGAAGCUCCUACGUCAAAUCUGUGACCUCUUCGGUCACCGCCCAAGCACACCAGGCCACAUCUGGUGUUGUGGCUAGUACUUCAGUCGCAUCCUAUUCAUCUGCCACAGGUGCGGCGAGCGCGGUCAUUACACCUGCACCAGCUGCCCCAGCUGGAUGUACAGCAACAGCUUACGAUGAUAUUGCGGAUAUCAUUGCUUCAUGCACAAACAUUGUAUUGGACAACAUUUCCGCCCCAGCAAGCUCCACCAUCGACCUUCAAAAACUUCAAGACGGAACUACGGUCACAUUCUCCGGAACUACUAGUUUUGGAACCACGUCCGAUUCUGACUUUGAUCCAAUCGUUGUAAAGGGUACAGAUAUCACCAUUACUGGAGCGGAAGGACACAUCAUUGACGGAAACGGAGCUGCAUACUGGGAUGGAGAGGGAUCUAACGGAGGAGUCGACAAGCCUGAUCAUUUCUUUGUUGUAAAGGACGUCGUCAAUGGUGUUAUUUCCAACCUCAACAUCCAAAACUGGCCUACUCACUGUUUCUAUAUCUCGGGUACCCAAGGUCUCACGGUCUCCGAUCUCACCCUCGACAACUCUGCUGGAGAUGCUUCUAAUUCGCUAUCUGGUAGUAAGGCAGCGGCCCACAACAGUGAUGGUUUCGAUAUCUCUGGAUCCGACUCAGUAACCCUCCAAAACAUCGUCGUCAAGAACCAAGAUGAUUGCGUAGCUGUCACAUCUGGUUCCAACAUCCUCGUAACAGGAAUGACCUGUUCGGGUGGCCACGGUCUCUCCAUUGGAUCCAUUGGUGGAAAGUCGAACAACACAGUCUCUGGAGUUACAUUUUCCGAUUCAACCAUUACAAACAGUCAAAAUGGAUGCCGCAUCAAGUCCAACGCUGAUACGACCGGAACGAUCGAGAACAUCUCAUACUCGAACAUCAAGAUGUCCAACAUCACCGAUUAUGGUAUUGACAUCCAACAAGAUUACCUGAACGGUGGAUCGACCGGCGAACCAACCAACGGAGUGACAAUCUCGGGUGUCUCCUUCAGCAGCGUGACGGGUACGACCAGUGGUAAGAAUGCGUACGAUUAUUAUAUUCUAUGUGGAAGUGAUUCGUGCUCCGAUUUCACAUUCACCGAUGUUAGCAUUUCGGGAGGCGGCGAGACUUCAAGCUGUAACUAUCCUUCUGCUGGGUGCCCAUCAUAA